AUGCUUGUUCGAAAUCUUCUAAAUCGGCAAACAAUUGCCACUUCUUCAUCUGUUUUUAAUCGAUUUCUUAUGACAAGUUCAUGUCGUUUUGCUUCGGACAAAGAAUUUGUUCAUCGUGAUACAUCAAAAAAUAAUUCUGAUGUUAAAUUUGAUUUUACACCAGAAAAUUAUAAACGAGUUGAAGCUAUUCUUACAAUGUAUCCAGAAGGACAUAAAUCAGCAGCUGUUAUUCCUUUACUUGAUCUUGCUCAACGACAACAUGACAAUUGGUUACCACUAUCAGCUAUGAAUAAAGUAGCUGAAGUUCUUAAAAUGGCUCGAAUGCGUGUUUAUGAAGUUGCUACAUUUUAUACAAUGUUUAAUCGAAAUCCAAUGGGAAAAUAUCAUAUUCAAGUAUGUACAACAACACCAUGUUGGUUAUGUAAUUCUGAUGGAAUAUUAAAAGCAAUUGAAAAUAAAUUAAAUAUACAUGUUGGUCAAACAACAUCCGAUGGUUUAUUUACAUUAUCUGAAGCUGAAUGUCUUGGUGCAUGUGUUAAUGCACCAAUGUUAUCGAUAAAUGAUGAUUAUUAUGAAGAUUUAACAGAACAAGAUAUAAAUGAAAUUUUAGAUGAUAUUAAAAAAGGUGGAAAACCGAAAGCUGGACCACGAUCAAAACGUUAUGCAGCUGAACCACUCAAUGGACUUACUUCAUUAACUGAACCUCCUAAAGGACCUGGUUUUCGUCUACGAAAAGAAUUGCAAUAG